CCCACCGACACGGCUGGCUGUCGGGGAGACUUUCCGUGUUGUGUCGGUGUUUGCCUGCCUCGUCGUCUGAACGCUGGAGGGACUCGGCUCACCGUUAGCUUGUUUGCUAACUGUUGCUAACUUCACAGUUUUGUUGGCUUUGGCACAAGUGUUAGCACCAAAAGCUAAUUUCUACCGUUCUGGUGUGUGUUUUUGCGCAUUACAAGUCGUCUGAAUAGAAUUUGAAACAACUUUUCCUCUUUACUUUGUGACUAUAACAAUACGCAGCUCGUGUGGUAACACCUGUCACGCACUUUACUAGUUUGGCUAUUUAAGCUAACUUUGACUAAGUUAACACCGAAAGCUAAUUAAACUGUAAAAGGCUAAUUGAGCUAUCCUAAUGUGUGGGUAGUGAACAUACAACUUGUUUGAACUUAUUUACGGAUAACUGUAGCUCUUUAUUUUGUUAUUAUCACCUUAAAAACAUGGAGUCCGUGACGACACCUGCCACACAUCGACUGGUUGGUGAUUAGUGCUACUUCUGACUAAGUUAGCAACAGAAGCUAAUUUAAAUUAUUCAGGUGUGUGUUUAAUGAGUCCACGACGUGUUUGAAUUUAACUUUAAACAACUUUAGCUCUUUAUUUUGUGAAUAUCACCUUCAUAGAUAUGGGGUUUAUAUAAUUCCACCUGCUACUCAUUGCCAAGUUUGGUGAUUGAGGUUAAAUUUUGACUAAGUUAGCACACGAAGCUAGUUUAAACUAUUAAAACUAAUUCAUACUAUUCAAAUUUGUGUGCAUUUUAUGACUCGUUUGAAUUUAGAUUUUAAACAACUUUAGCUCUUUAAUUUGUGACUAUAGCAUUCAAAAUAUAUCGAUGUUGUUGGACAACACCUGCUACAGGUUGACUGGUUUAGUGGUUAAAGCCAACUUUAGCAUCAGAAGCUACUUUCAGCUAUACACAUGUGAGUCCAGAACUUGUUCUAAUUUAAUUUUAAACAGCUUAAGUGCUUUAUUUUUGUAAAUAUUACCUUCAAACGUAUGGAGUGUAUGUGGUAUCACCUGCUACAUCUUUAUUAGGUUGGUGACUAAAGCUAACUUUGACUAAGUUAGCACCAAAAGCUAAUUCAAAUAUGUGUUAUGCUCUUCUUUUAAAAUUUUACAGAACUGAAGCUCCUUAUUUUGUGUGCAUUGCCUUCAAAAACAUUGAGUUCAUGUGGUAACACCUGCCACACACGUCCUGGUUUGGUGAUUUAAGCUGUUUUGGACCACGUUAGCGCCAGUGUACCGCCGUUAUUAUUUGGGCUCCUGUCACUUCCAGCAUAAGUUUCAACAGGUGUCUGUGCUGGUGCUGCCCUUCCCCCAGACGCUGCCCUCCCCUCCCAUAUGUUAACUGCCUCCUGGAUUGAUCAGUAACAAAUUGCGGGGUGUUUGGCAGUUGUAAAAGGACGCCAGCUGAGCACACACAUGCACACAAACACUCCUGUGUCAUGGAUCUCCAUUUCAGGCUCGGAUCUGGUCGUCCUGCGGGAUAUCGGGCUACCUAGUUUGGCAGUGAGAGGACAGAGCAGGAGGUAUCGCAGCUGACUGAUGGAUAUGACAGCUUGGCAGAGAGGGUGAAAUGCUUGCGGCCACAUGCGCCAUAUGGUGCGGGCUCUUUUGCCUCGUUGUUGGUAUGUUUUGGUAAGUUGCAUCAUCAAGUGUUAUUAUCGAUAUCUGCCAGACUUGCAGCUGCAGUGGGUGGUGAAGGGAGAGAACAAGAUGAUGCAUAGCUUGAUCUGGAGCGAUCAGUUGAGAAAUAUACUUUGUAGUGCUGCUGAACGGUUGAAAUAUGAUUUAAGUGCCGUAUCCAAAUCGCAGGAGUUUUGUUGAUGAAGGUAAAAUGCGUCACGACGUGCCUGUGAAUCAUUUUCUCCCGACCGCUGCGAGGUUCUCACAACAUUUUCAAAUCCAUUUCUGUGGAAAAGUAGCGCAAAAGAAUACUCAUUUCCACUAAAAUUGUGACUCAUAUCGGUCUUAAUAGCUGCAGAAAUGAUUAUUCCCUUGCGCACGUUCAGCUGUAGCUUCUGUAGAACUUUGUUGGCUGCAAGAAUUUUAAUUACAUCCUGCAGUUUUCUGUUUGGAAGAUGGAGCUUCAACCUUUACACUGUCUGAUGUGGAUUAGCAUUCACAAGCUGCAAACAACAGUGAAAGUUACAGCAACUGUCUGUGAAAUAUUGAUUUGUUUUGCUGAUUGAAAUAUAUUGAAAUGGUGUAAAAGAUCACCGUUUUUUGGACAAACGUUUUGGUCUUUUUUGUUCUCUGGGCAGCUUCAAUCUACACAAUAGCCUUAAAUCACAGUUAAACCUUCAUCCUUCCAGGGUAGUGGCCCUCUCCGUCGGUGUGGUAAAGCUCAGCAGCCCUACCAGUCAUAAGAAGUGCUGUUUUAUUGUGAUGUUGACUGGGAGACACACCCCUCUGCCUGUCUGAGCCUGUGCGUCGGUGAACGUUGGUAGUUAUGAAGGCUACUGUCUCCCAGCACGCCUUUAUUGUCUAACAAAGUCUUCUGCUUAAGAUAACCAGCUCCGUGGGCGUUUUUGUACAACAUGUGAUCGGGCCUUAAAACUGGAAUCACCUGAGUCUGUAUGGCCUCACAAGUCUUGGUCUACCCAUCACACCUGCACUCAGCUCAAAAAAGUGCCUUAGGAACCAGCAGCAGUGGUACCAGCAGACUCACGGGUGAAGCCCAGCGCAGUAACAACACCAGCAGAGCCUUUCAGCACCGACCCCCGCCCAAGACCUAUGUGAUCGGAGUCAACUACGGUAUCGCCUACCCCAACAACGUUAUCCCGUCCUCAGCCGGUGCCAAUUCGGGAAGACUUCACCGGGGACCGGGAGAGAGGGAGCAGUGGGCGUCGCAGGCUGCAGGGAGCCAGAGGGAGGAGAGCUGGACGGGCCUGGGAGAAGCCGGCGUCCAGGAUCAGCUUUGCCAGAGCAGAGGCCCACAGGAGGUGAGGCUUCGUAGGGACAGUGGGGGAACUCCGUCAGGCGGAGGUUUGGACUGCGGGCUACUGAGGAGGGCCUGCAUACGAGCGGAGGAGGACGAGGGUGGAAGCAGAAGACUGCGAGCCAGAGGAGGAUACGUCAGCCUUCUAGACUCGGCCGCCACCCAGAGAUGUGAACAGAAGACAGGCGACGGUGGAGAACAACCGCAGGACAACAACCGCGUGGGAACCAUGCAGAUAGUGGAGGAGGUGUCUGCUCUGCCUUCGCUUCCUCCACCCGUGGCCAUGUUGCAAACCAGCACCGGGAACAAUGUGGACCCUGUGAGAGCAGGAGGUGGAGGGACCCUGCCUGCUCCCAGCAACAGGGCCGAGGCGGUCGGGAUCGGGGCGGACGGGGCUGAAGUCCGGCCCAACGGCAGCACGGAGGUGGCGGCGGCGGCGGUGGCAGUGGCGGGAGCUACGGUGACGAGAACCGGAUCGGGAGAUGGGGACUAUCAGUUGGUGCAGCACGAGGUUCUGUGCUCCCUGAAGAACAGCUACGAGGUUCUGGAGUUUCUGGGUCGCGGCACCUUCGGCCAGGUAGUGAAGUGCUGGAAGAGGGGCACGAACGAAGUGGUGGCCGUGAAGAUCCUGAAGAACCACCCGUCCUACGCACGCCAGGGCCAGAUCGAGGUGGAGAUUCUGGCCCGUUUGAGCAGCGAGAAUGCAGAGGAGCACAACGUGGUGCGAGCGCUGGAGUGUUUUCAGCACCGCAGCCACACCUGCCUGGUGUUCGAGAUGCUGGAGCAGAACCUCUACGACUUUCUGAAGCAGAACAAGUUCAGCCCUCUGCCGCUCAAGAUCAUCAGGCCCAUUCUGCUGCAGGUGGCAACAGCUCUGAAGAAGCUCAAGUCUCUGGGUUUGAUCCACGCCGACCUGAAACCAGAGAACAUCAUGCUGGUGGAUCCCUCCAGGCAGCCGUACAGAGUCAAAGUCAUCGACUUCGGCUCGGCCAGCCACGUCUCCAAGGCCGUCUGCUCCACCUACCUGCAGUCCAGAUACUACAGGGCUCCGGAGAUUAUUUUGGGCCUGCCAUUUUGCGAGGCCAUCGACAUGUGGUCACUGGGCUGUGUGAUAGCCGAGCUCUUCCUGGGCUGGCCUCUUUACCCCGGAGCGCUGGAGUAUGACCAGAUCCGGUACAUCUCUCAGACUCAGGGUUUGCCGGCCGAGCAGCUGCUCAAGAAGGGGACCAAGACGUCUCGCUUCUUCUCCAAAGAAUCCGACUCUCCGUACGCCUCCUGGAGACUAAAAACGACAGAAGAGCACGAGAAAGAGACGGGGCUUAAAUCCAAAGAGGCCAGAAAGUACAUCUUCAGCUGUCUGGAUGACAUAGCACACGUGAACUUGGUGCUGACUCCCGAUAACGGCGACAUGCAGGCAGAGAAAGCAGACCGACGGGAGUUCGUAUCUCUGCUGAAGAGCAUGCUGCUGAUCGACGCCGAGGACAGAACCGUUCCCUCCAGCGUCCUGGGCCACCCCUUCCUCACCAUGACCCACCUGCUGGACUACCCCCACAGCAGCCACGUGCAGUCGUCUUUCCGCAUCAUGGACAUGUGCCACAGUCGGCCCAGCAACGCGGUCUUCGACGCCCUCAACCAGAACACCAUUCACUUCUCCAGGCCGGCCGCCUCCUCCGGCCUCCCUCUGGGCUACAGCAACAUACCAGUCCACACUCAGGCGAUAACCCAGUCGGCUCCCUCAGUGUUGCAUCCUGGGAUAGCGCUGACGACGGGGAGCGGUCAGUUCGGCUGCAGCGACUCGUUUCCACCGGCCCUUCUGCUCUGUCCUCCUGCCAUGCAAGGUAACCUUAAUCAACCAGCUGGGUAUUCUGUCCCCAUGGUAACUCAGGCCCCUCCCAUACAGCCCCUACCAGUGAGGCCAGGUGUCAUCGCUCAGCAGGCCUGGUCCAGUCGGGGGCAGCAGCUCCUCGUCCCAGCAGCCUGGCAGCCCAUGACUCCCGUGGGUCCUCCUCCAUCCCACCCGCCUCCACCGCCUCCAUCCUCCCUCACCAGCGACACCACGGCCGGCCCGCAGAGGAUCAGCGACUGGGGGAAAGUUCGUCCCCACAGCAGCCACUACAACGCAGUGAUGCAGCAGCCGCUCCUGACCAAUCAGAUGCCGGCUCUCUCCGCUCACCAGCCAAUCAACAUCGGCAUAGCUCAUGUGGUGUGGCCUCAGCCGGCCAAUAAGAGGAACCGACACGGUCACAACAGGAACCUGUCCCACCCCAGCAACAUCCACAUAUCGGCGUGUCGGACCCCCAAAAUGGCCGACGUUGUUGGGCAGGCGGUGGCGGGGCGGGAGGAGCCUCAGAGGACGGCGCCGCUGGUGGAAACCCGGCAGCCGGAAGUUCAGAACACGGACGAGGAGGAAGACGACACAGAGGAGGAGGUGAGCUGCUUCAAGGAGGCGGCGCCGGGCGGCAAUCUGUCGCGGCAGCAGCAGCGAGACGUGGCGGUCCUGAUGGGCGACACGCCGAGCCCGGCGGCCAGCGUGAUCAGCAUCCGGAGCGACCUGACCGACGCCGAGGACGAGAGGGGGGAUGAAGACCCUCAGCGGUGCCGUCUGAACGAGUGUAAGGAGGAGUGUGUGUGUGAGGCCUGCAGAAACACCAGCGUGUCCAUGGAGAGAGUGUGUUCCCUGAGCAGCCCCGACAGCAGCCUCAGCACCAGCUCGUUCGCCUCCAACUCGCUCCAGUCCAGCCCGUCGGUCUCCCCGUGCAAGAGGUCCAACAGCAUGUCCGAGGACGACGGCCACGAGAGCGGCUGCGACACGGUGGAAGGCUCGCCCACGUCGGACACGUCGACGUCCCCGCGCGGCAGCCGCCCCUACCGUUACCUCGACAACAGCAACCACAACAACCGCCCGCCUUUGGCCGCCGUGGUGGCGCCGCUGCCUUCCCCCGCCGGGCCGGGCAGGAGCCACGGCGGCAUCCGGACCAUGGUGGUUCCUCCGAUGAGGGUGCAGAACAACAACACUCAGGGCACGGAGGAGCGGGUCCACAGAACCGUCUCAGAGUCCUGGUCCCGGUCCAAAGGGCGCUGCAGCCUCGUCGGCCAGCAGAACACUCCCUCCUCCGUCCCCCUCCUCCCAUCCGGCCCUCACCUGUCCAGGCAGCAAAAGGUGACGGCGGGGCAGCAGCAGCAGCAUCCUCUGGGCUUUGGACAGGUGCAGCCGUACGUCUCCAACCACACCACCAAAGAGUGGAACGGCAACUACGGCCCUCUGCGCCCCCACGCCUUCAUCCCCCCCACGGUGCACACCUUCACCCACCUGCCCCACAGCAGCCCCACCCACAGCCAGGCCGCGCCCCCCCACACCCUGCUGUCCUACCCGCCCAGCGGGCCGCUCGGCUCCGCCCACCACCCCCACCCCAUCCUGCCCUCGCGCCCGCCGCCUCCCCCGCUCCUGCAGCACGGCUACGGUCUGUCCCACCCGCAGGGCGGCGCCAUAGUUCACCAGGUGACGCUGGGCCUUGGCGCCCAUCCCCCCCCGCACCACCACCACCACCACCCGCACAGGCUCCUCCCCUCGCCCACCAUCCACCCGCACCACCAGCCCGGCUACGCCCACCACCCGCACCAGUUCAAGCCGCCAUUCCCGCCGCCGCCGCCCCCUCACCCCUUCAUGGCCUCCCCCGCCGCCUACACCGGCUUCCCUCUGAGCCCCACCAAGCUCAGCCACCACCCCCAGUUCUCGUAUAUCUGAGGCGGCCCCAGCAGCAGCAGCAGCUCCUCCUGGUGGGGAAGUGGACGGGCGGCGGCACGUGGGCGGGGAGGGCUGCCGGCAGAGCGCACAACUUGUGAUGAUGAUGAGGAAGGAGACGGAUUGAGGAAGAUGCUGUUUUGAGGACAAAGAAAUUCUCCACGACGACACGAUGAGGAAGUUUUGAUCGAGGGCGCGUCGCCUCCUGUCGCUGGGUCGUCUCGGCGAGCCGGGGCCGGACGCCGUGGGGCGGCUCGGCCUCCCAUCCCUUUAUCUCCGUUGCCUUGUAGCGAGCCGCUCGGACCCGUUUGUCUAAAGCCAUCCCAGGAUCUUUGUUCGGGGCAGACUGCCGCCUCCUUAGUGCCUUAAAAAGAAAACCAGAGUCUCCUUCAGGAACUGUAUCGAUUGUAAACUUGUCGGCGGGGCUUGCAGCACUUCACCGUUGGGACUGGACGGGCUUAACGCGAGGCUUGUGGUUGUGUUUGGCUUUCGGCAGUAUGGAUUUCCUUUAGCUAGAGGCUGCAGGGCUUUGACUGAAUGAGCUCGUGAUGUACAUACAGAGUGAUCAGAUAUUUUGAUAAUCGAUUUCUAUUCACUAUAGUACUUAAAUUCAUAACAGUAUUGUCACUGUUUACUGUAACUGCAAUACAAUCUAGAUAGACUCUGGGUUGCUGUGUUUUAUUAUUAUUAUUAUUAUUAUUAUUAUUAUUCGUGCAUUUAGGCUAGACUGGCAUUAAUAGAUGGACUUGUUUUUUUUGUUUUUUUUUGGGAGUGGCUUCGACUUUCAGAUAAAACGGAGGUAAUUCUUUGUAUGUUUUUAAAGCUUGUCAGUGUUUAACCUAUCGACUCGCAGUAUCACCGCUGGGCUCUCCAGUAUUAGUUUGAAAUAUCCGACGCGUGUUGUUUUGUUGUUUCUGUCGGUUCUGAUGAAACAUUCCUUCAGGGUGGACGCCUCAAUCCGUGUUGUGUGUCGGCUUUUUAUCGCUUUUCCUCCAAUCAGCAACCAAAGACUGUUCGGUAAUCAUUUCUGAAGCGUCGGUCGGUGAUGUUUCUCUUGAGAUUUUAAAACGAUGAGGUUGAGGUUUUAUUUUUCUGAGCUGUGUUUGGCAAAAAAAAGAAAAAAAAACAAACAAAAACAGCAGAUAUUUGGAAUGUAUAGAUGAUAAGCUGCUAUGUACUGAUGAUCCGCCACUCGGUCGCUGUGAAUCUAGAGGGUUAAUCUCGCGCUCGCCUCCUGCGCUCUCUCUCUCUCUCCUGUAUGGUAGACAGAAGACGGUGUUGUUCUGAUCCGAUUGGACGCUCCUCCUAUAGUGCCUCUGUAUAUUGGCUUUGUUGUUUUUGAAGUGAUUGUAAACUGCUGUAAUGGAAGUUUCCCCCUUUUUUUUAUUAUCAUUAUUAUUAUUAUUAUUAUUAUUAUUUCGUUGCUCUUUUUUUUUUUUUGGUGUGUGUGUUUUUGUGCGUGGUUCUUUAGCAUCAGUAUUUCAGACGUAGGCUGGGUUCGCUCUCUGCUGUGCUGUUGGUGUAUUCUUAUUUCCCGUUAGCGGACUCUCCGUACUGUACGACUAGUGCCUUCCUCCAAACAGGUGGUGACGUCUCGCAUCGAUAUCAAAACCCCAAAGCUGUUUGUUUGUUUGUUUGGCAGAAUCCUAAAGACCGUCAGGGGAGGUUCUGUCACCGUGCAGUACUCCAGACGUCGGGCCUGGAUCCACACCAAGCUUUAUCCUCACACAGUGAAUGUACUCGUGGUGUCGAGUCGCUCGUUGUUCUGAUUGUUUGUCCUGAUCGGGGUGUGUUUCUAGCGGCCGGUAUCAUGAGUUUCAGUCGCCACGCUUUAUCCCCACCAGUCAGCGCUUCGGUCCAAAGCCUCCACCUGCUCGUCGUACCACAUUAUCAUGGUUUUGCUCUGUUUGCUUGAUGGGUGUGUUUUGUGUAAUCAUGCUACUGUGUUGGUUUGUUUCUAAACGAGAGGACGUGGAGUCGGUGGAGAACCACCUCAGAUGUUCUGCAGCCUCCCCCCGUGGGUUUGGUUUCAGAUGUGAAAGGAUCCGGAGGGGCGAGCUACGAAGCGAGGUUAGCGAGCCCACGAUGAGAGUUUAUUAUUUCUGCACAGCUAAAACCUGCUCUAGAGAAGAUUCAGCUCAGAGUUUUGGGUUUAAAUCGGCUGUGAGAAGCAACACGAUUGGGAAAAACUGCAUCAGCUGCAGAAUAAAUGCGCCGUGAAACUUGGUUGUGAUUCGCUGCCGAGUUCGUUUUGUCGCACACAGAUCAGAAGAAAAGGCGAGAACAUUCGAUUAAUGACGCCAAAACUGUAGUGAUCACCACCUGUCCUUCAUUAUGGGACAGUUCUGGCCUGAAAACGUAAAAAUAAUUCACGUUUAACGGCGUAAAUGUGCAGCCGUAAGUUAGAAAUGCUGUUAGUGCAGCUGAUGGAACACCGAUGAGGGAAAAGGGGGAACUAAGAACAUUAAUUUGGCCAAUAACUGAAGUGAUUUCCACGUCUGGGACAGUUUCAGGCUAAAAAAAAAAAGUUAAGAUAUUCCAAGUUUAACGGCGUAAAUGUGCAGCUGCAGGUUAGAAAUAAUCAGUAGAAUAAAUACAUCCAAACACGAUCAGCGUUUCUACCAGCGCUCCUGGACUUGUGGGAACGAUGCUAAUUUUUGGCUUUAAAAAAAAAAAGAAGUUAGUUUUCGUCACAGCGCUCAUGAUUGGUCAGUUUUGUGCAGAAAAAGUCACGUGACGUUUCCAGAGUUUAAGAAAACAAGCAAAACUAAUAACCCGACAUCUCAGGUUUUGUUAAUCCGGCUAACUCCGAGAAAGCCUGACUUUGUUGAACUCGCUUCGUUGUUCGCUUCUCCUGGACCCACGAGCUAAAGCGGAGCCCAGCAGCCUUACACAGCGGGUCGAGGAUGUUCAUAAAGACGCCAUCCAGAACCAGAACCAGUUCUGCGUUUGAGCGGCAGCAGUAAUCCCGACUUAACUGGACUCCUCGGCUCCGCUGUCACUGGGCCUCCAGCCUUUGUCACAAACUACCAAAUCAUGGCUCCAGCAUCUCAUUCGUGUCCUGGGCUGAAUUGUUUUUAAUUUAAUUUUUUUUUUAAAUCACAUGAAAUCCGACUCCUAAGACUUUGUACUAAUCUCUCUUGUUCUGGGGUUGUUGUGUUUAGACUCAGACGUGUAGGAUUCGCUGAACUGUUACUGGUCUGAGCAUGUGUACAUCUGUGUGGCUUUGUUUUGUUUUUAUGAUUUCAUCUUUUUAAUGCUACACUAGUUUGACAUGUAGCAACUGCACUGUGCAAUACGCGGCGACAGGAGGAGGCCGGGGAGGCCGGCGGCCGGCAUGCCGGCGGCCUCCUCCCCCUCUGCUCCAGUUCUCAGUGAGUUUCAAUGUGACCAAGCCUGAUGUCCUUCGUCACACAAAGCGGGUUCCUUCUUGGUGACUCUUAUUGGUGAGUGUCAAAUUAUGAAUUGAUGGUGUAACUAUGUCAAGAUUCACUUUGAAUUAAAAAAAACAAACAAAAAAA